CCAACUCGCACCCCCCGGCCGCGGCGGCUCCCUGACGCCCGCCGUUGUGAUGCGUAUUCCCGUAGACCCGAGCACCAGCAGGCGCUUCACACCCCCCUCCACGGCCUUCCCCUGCGGUAAGAUGGGCGAGAACAGCGGGGCGCUGGGGGCCCCCGCGCCGGGGGCCCGGGCUCGGCCCGAGGUCCGCUCCGUCGUGGAUGUACUGGCCGACCACGCCGGCGAGCUGGUGCGCACCGACAGCCCCAACUUCUUGUGCUCUGUGCUGCCGUCCCACUGGAGGUGCAACAAGACGCUGCCCGUCGCCUUCAAGGUUGUAGCCCUCGGAGAUGUGCCCGAUGGGACGGUGGUCACGGUGAUGGCCGGGAACGACGAGAAUUACUCGGCGGAGCUCCGCAACGCUUCCGCCGUGAUGAAAAACCAAGUGGCGAGAUUUAACGACCUCAGAUUUGUUGGGAGAAGCGGCCGGGGAAAAAGCUUUACCCUGACGAUCACCGUGUUCACCAACCCCACGCAAGUUGCUACCUAUCACCGAGCCAUUAAAGUGACUGUGGAUGGACCACGGGAGCCACGAAGGCACAGACAAAAGCUAGAAGACCAAGCCAAACCCUUCACCGACCGCUACGGGGAGCUGGAACGGCUGCGCCAGUCCAUGAGAGUCACCCCAACAACACCUAACCCCCGCGGAUCCCUCACCACCCCGAGCCACUUUGGGUCCCAGGCUCAAACUCCAAUACAAGGCACGUCAGAGCUGAGCCCCUUCUCUGAUCCCCGGCAGUUCGACCGCUCCUUCCCAACGCUGCCGGCUCUCACCGAGACCAGGUUCUCCGACCCGCGGAUGCAUUACCCCGGCGCCAUGUCCGCUGCCUUCCCCUACACGGCGACUCCCUCUGCCACUGGCAUCGGGGGCAUCAGCAUGACCAGCAUGCCCACCACAACACGCUUCCACCACACUUACCUGCCACCUCCCUACCCCGGCUCCACACAGAACCAAAGUGGACCCUUCCAGGCCAACCCCUCUCCCUACCAUUUGUACUACGGCACGUCUUCAGGCUCCUACCAGUUCUCCAUGGUGGCGGGUGGCGAGCGGUCACCCACCCGGAUGCUCUCUUCUUGUACAAGUGCCUCAGCAGGGAACAACUUAAUGAAUCCCAACCUGGGCAAUCAGAAUGAUGGGGUGGAUGCAGAUGGGAGCCACAGUAACUCACCGACAACCAUGACAACUACUGGGAGGAUGGAUGAGUCGGUCUGGAGACCCUACUAAGGAGGAACUCAGCUGGACACCGAUACCUUUAAUUUAAUCAGCCACCGUUACGUUACUCCCUUUGGUAGUGAAUAGAGCAAAAUGAUGUCUAGGGAGAAGGUAAACCAAAGUGUCUCAAACCAAAAGCAAACCAGGAUCUCUGCAUGCAAGCAUAGGCAAACAUCAAGCGAAGAUGGACCAGGACCUACAUUACAUUUCAAGAUGAACAUCCACUUGAGGCUUGAAUUCGUUGCUUGAUGUGGUUCUUUUCAUAUGUUUUAAGUGUGCGGAUUGUACAUAGGGGGAAAAAAAAAAGAAAAGGACGUGUGGAAUCAGAUGUUUGUCUCUUGCAGAACACUCCUCAAUCAUCUCACUUGCACCUCUUCCCCACACAAAGCAUUCAAAAGUUAGGAAAAGCUCAUCCUUCUUCUGCAGAGUGUUUCAGAGAAGAGAGCAGGGAGUCAUCCAAGGCCAUCCCUCUGCCAACGCAGGGAGACUGGACUGAAAAGAAAAAGGAAGAAAACAAAAGGAUAACCCCUAUUGUGCCCUCCCCUUCCCUCCUGCCAGCGCAGGGCCCCGACCACCAAAGAGCUGUGGGCACCGCGAGAGGGUCGGGUUUGCAGCACCGCUGCGGGUCAGCCACGUGAAGGAGAGCUGUGAUGUGAUUGUUGUGACUUGCUGUUGACGACAGAGGUUGUAUUGUUCUUUUUUGUCAUUGUCGUCACUUUUAACCAGUAACGUGGCUGAUCCAGGCCUGGCUGAGCCCUCACCUCGAUGUUUACAUGAGAUGUACUUUUCAUGAGACGUGUUUCAGUUUUUGUUUGCUCUCCUGUCCUCACCUCACCAUUCAGCUCUUUGCUCCCCUUAGCAGAUCUCAGUGAUGGUGGCUGCGGUGAAGGCGGCAUUCAGGACAAUCCAAGAUGUAUGAGAUGCACUUCCAAGCGCGUUAGCUGCAGAAGGGACUCGGGAGCCUUUGGCAUGAUCCUGCCACUGGUCUCUGGGUCUUCCUUUCAUUCUGUCUGAGGGGCAGCACAUGCAGCUGGUGGCAAAGCACCAUAUUUCUAUGAUGAUUCUUGCCCGUGUUUUCACCCAGAGCGGAUGGACACAUGAUGACUUUGUUUUUGUUAAGAAGCGACUUACACUUGUCAGUUCAUACUGAAAGCUCUAACUGAGAUUUGGAGAAAGGAGCAAUUUCUACUCAGUCCCUUGGUGGUGGGAAUAUCAUGAAGCAAUAUUAUCUAUCUAGCCUUUUCCAGCCCCUCACCCUCCAGUCCCCCGAGCGACCCUGAGCACGGGUGUCUUGCUGUGGAUGAAUAAGCUGAAGAAGGGGCACUAAGGGUACCACCAGCCUGUUGGUAGCUGGUUGCAUCAUGUGGCUUUAGGAGGAAUCAGGUCUCCAGGCACCUCACACCCUUGUGUGAUACCAAAGAGAUGGGAACCCAAGCAGGAUGGUGGCAGGAGGUGGCAGGCAGCUGGAGAGGUGGCAGGGCUGAGGUUCCCAGGGAGCACAUACCUGUGGAACCCACUGCCCUCCAGCACCAGAAGGGGACACAGAUGGCCCCAGUGCCACCAGUAACCAAGAUUUUCUUGGGUUUUUUUCUGAGCAUAAGAAAGUUGAAGCUCAGAGCUGCCCUCCCGGCCCCUCUGUCUCAGUUACACCAUUACAGCCCAUCACCAAAUCUCAGUUGGCAGCUUGUCAGCACUUGGUUGAGGUACAAAGCAUUGCAAUUGCACUACCCCAUCAAGACUGGAGCAAGACAUCCUGGCUUAGUUGGAAAGAUGCAAUGACCACUCAUGAGUUAAAUAAGCAACAAGAAGAACAACUCUUUUAAAUAAUAAUGAAACUAAAAAGCCCUACCCCAGCCAAACUGCAACCUUCACUUGCCAGCGGUGGAAACUGGACCACGGCAGCCUUGUUCUGAUGCAUUUACAUUUAGCAUCUGAUCGCACCACUGAUUGAAAGCACAAAGAAACCAAGGCAUUCGUAGUACUAGGUUAAUUUAAGACUGUUUGUAGUGAGUUUAAAGAAUAAAAUAAUAAAAAGAAUGGCAAUGAUGUUGUUGUUAUGACAUAUCGUCAUGUGAAGGUGUCGAUGUGUGCACCUCUAUUGUAUGCAAGUGGCCACAAGACAGGCCAAAGGUUUUUGCUUUGCACUAUAAUUUGCUUUUUUUAAAAAUGCACAAUCGCUUGUACAGUAAAACCCCUUUGUCUGGCUCACAGAAUAUUUAACUAUAAAAUCUAAUUUUUGGUCGUAUUUGUUAUAAUAAUAUAAUUCUUAAAUGUGUUGAAGGAUCCAAUUCUUAAUAAUGCUUCUAAUACUUUUAUGUGCAGGGUAAAAUAACAACAGACAGCUAAGGAGAUGAGAACAAAGGUCUUUGUAGAUAAAGAAGGCUAAAGUUGUUGGUUUUUUUAAUGGUGUCUUACGACGGACAUUAAAAAAGUGCUAGUGAUACCAAAUAAUGUGGUUAUUUGUGUAAUAUACCAGCCCUACUUGAAGGUAAUGCCCUAUAUUUAAUAUGUAGCCCAUCUUUUUAACCUGUAGCACUUGUCACUGGGGAUGGGGGAGGCGGGGAAGGAGGAAGAGGAAGAGAAGGGGCUGCUCCUGUUGAAGUCACUGGCAGAAGCUCUCUCUGGAGGAGUCUCUGCUGUGCUGGCUUCAGUGAGAACAGAGCUGGCUCCUUCAGGAGCACUGGUACGAAGCCAUAGCAAAGUGGUCAGUUCUGCUUUUCUGCUAUCGGUGUCAAUGUUCUUACCCAGUGUAUGUGGUUAUAGCGUCAGGCCUCCGUGUAAUCAUUUUAAUGACUUUCCAUGUGGAAUAAUAAACAUACAGUUUCAAGUCUC